CCAUCCCUCUCGCUCACAAGGAUCUCUCAGCGAGCAUGAGAAGACACUGAGAGGACAUUCACACCGGACUCCUGGACACCGAUGACCUGCAUUGGACGACUGUGCAACUGAGAUUUCUGCACAUUUCAACACACGUACAGCUCUGCUCAGCACCAUGACCAGGAAGGUGUUCACCAACACGAGGGAGCGCUGGCGCCAGCACAAUGUCAAUACAGCCUUCGCCGAGCUCCGCAAGCUCAUCCCCACCCACCCUCCGGAGAAGAAGCUGAGCAAGAAUGAGAUCCUGCGUCUGGCCAUGCGCUACAUCAACUUUCUGGUGCAGCUGCUGGAGAGCCAGAGCGGUCAGCCGGCCAGCCACUCCCCCACCGCGCUGCUCACCUUUCUCAGAGGUAACAUGGAGCAGUUGCACUCCCCUCAGCACACCUGGGCCAUGACCAGUGACACAGAAGUCCCGUCACCUGGAUCCAGCUGCGACAGCUCUGAGGCCUGGUAG